GCUGCAGGCGGCACUUUGACAGCUGCUCUUCCCUUCAGAGACGGACGCACACAUCAGCAGCUAAAAACAAAAAAACACCACCCAGGAUCCUGCAGCAGACGGGCGGCAAUGGCGACCGGUGACAGCCAGGAAACUUACGAGUCAUGGCUCAAUCAGGCCACAAACCCAAACAACCAGGAGGACCGAUGGGACUGCAUCCAGGGCUUCUACCAGCUCGUCAACCAGGAGACGGACGGCCCACAGAUAGCCAUUCGUCUCCUCGGUCAUAAAAUCCAGUCCCCCCAAGAAAAAGAGUCGCUGCAAGCUGUCACUGUUCUCGAGGCGUGUAUGAACAACUGUGGCAAGAGGUUCCACAGAGAGGCUGCCAAGUUUCGCUUUCUGAAUGAGCUCAUCAAAGUCUUAACACCAAAGUAUUUCGGUGCGUGGACCUCCCAGAAAGUAAAAGACCGAGUGACAGAGGUUCUUUACGGCUGGACGCUCUGGCUUAAAGAAGAACCCAAGAUCCAGGAAGCGUACUCUAUGCUCAAGAAACAAGGUAUUGUAAAGAAAGAUCCCAAACUACCAGAUGCAGUUAUAAUGGCUCCUCCGCCACAAAGAACCACAAACUCAGUGUUUGACCAGGAGGAGAAGGCCAAACUUUUAGCCAGAUUACUGAAAAGUCAACGUCUUGAAGAUCUGGAAACUGCCAACAGACUCAUUAAAAACACAAUCAAAGAGGAGCAGGAGAAAGCAGAGAAAGUGUCAAAGCGUGAAUCUACUCUGCAGGAGGUGGAGAGCAGCAGUAAGCAGCUCAGAGAGAUGCUGAAUCAGCACAGUGUCACGGGACCGUCGCUACAGCCCAGUGAUGACUUGAAGGCGCUGUACGAACGCUGUGACCGGCUGAGGCCCAGUCUGUUCCGCCUGGCCAGCGACACGGUGGACGACGAUGCAGCUCUGGCUCGAAUCUUAGCGGCUAACGACGAGCUGACACUCGCAGUGACCGUCUACAAAGAGCGGGUUGGGAAAGGAGUGUGUAACGGACGAAGUGAAAGAAGUAAAAGUGAAGAAGAAGAGAAAGUGACCAAUAAAUCUCCUACAAGUCCCAGAGAGAUUAAGAGCUACCACCUCAUCGACCUGUCGGCUCUGGACUCGCCGCAAACACACAGAAACACUGAUUCACCGCCACCGCCGACCUUCGAAUCCUCUUCACCUGCUUUCAACCCCUUCCUCUCAGCAGCUGACCAGGACUUUACAGAAUUAGACUUACAUCAUCUGGUCUCAAAACCCAGCCAAGAGAGUCCGAAGUCGUAUUUUGAAGAACUAAUGCAGCUUAAUGAUGACGUUCAGAUAAUGAAUGCUGAGCAGUUUGGGGGAAGAGGCCCUGUGCUGAGAGCCCGUGGGUGCGGAGGAAACGGUGCCUCAUCAAAUGGGAUGGACAUAUGGUCACUUCCUUCAGAUCAACAGUUUACAAGUUCGGGGUCAUCAUCAAACUCUCAGAAACACCCAAAUGAAAUGUCUGGGUCUCCAGUGAAAUCAGAGGAGGGCUUGUGUCACCAACAUGUACUGAAAAAUAUCUUCGUUCCCAUGGAGACCAUCAAAUCCAGUCAACUGGAGCCAAUCACUUUAUUUGAUCAGGGCGGUGUACACGUCUCGCUCCAUUUCGCCAAAGACUCUCCACUGGGUCACCCCGACGUUGCUGUAGUCGUCCUCUCCACUGUGAACACCUCACCCCUCACUGUGAGAGACUUCCUGUUUCAAGCUGCUGUUCCAAAGACCAUGUCGGUGAAACUUCAGCCUGCGUCAGGGACAAUCCUACCUCCUUACAACCCUCUUCUGCCUCCACCUGCCAUCUCUCAGGUCCUCCUAUUGGCUAAUCCACAGAAGCGUAACGUGCGUCUACGCUACAAGCUGACACUGACACACGGAGACCAACAGCUGAACGAGACCGGAGAGGUAGACAACUUCCCUGACUGGACAUCUUUAAUCGGCCACUAAAAACA